GAACAGGUUUCAUUUCCAUUCACUCGUUGUUGUUCGGUCGGUUAACCUGCAUUCUACCACCCACAGGACGGUGUAACGAAUUUAAACCAAUUUUCCAAUCAAAUUCUACCUCGGUUUGGUGCGUUCUUGUGUGUUAAACGGAAGGAAACCGGUCAUCAACAUCAAUAGAGAAAAUGUCGGUUAACUUACGCUCAGUGUUUGCAUUUGCGAAGGAGUACCACCAAAAGAAGGAAUCUCAGAAGGAUAUUCAGUAUGGAACGGCAGGUUUCCGUUCACACGCGGAUAACUUGGACUACGUCAUGUAUCGAAUGGGUGUGCUGGCCGCCCUACGGUCCCGGGCGAAAGCAAGCCAAGCGAUUGGCGUCAUGAUAACGGCUUCGCACAAUCCGGAGCACGAUAAUGGGGUGAAACUGAUUGACCCACUGGGAGAAAUGUUGGAGCAGCGGUGGGAAAAACUAGCCACCGACCUGGUCAACGUACCCGACGGUGAGCUCGAGGCAGAGGUAGCGCGAAUUUGCGAACAAGAGAAGAUAGAUAACAACGAACAGGCGAAGGUUUUUGUUGGGAUGGAUACACGCUAUCACAGCCCGCAGCUUUCCCGUGCCGUAGUCAACGGUGUGUUGGCCCUCAAAGGAACCGUUACUGAGUUCGGGAUCGUUACAACACCGAUGUUGCACUAUUUCGUGACUUGCACCAACACCCAGAAUGCUUACGGUUUACCCACGGAGGAAGGGUACAUGAACAAGUUGAUAACAGCUUUCAAAACGCUUCGCGGAGACUCAACCGAAAAUGGCAACUACAAGAACCAACUGUUUUACGACGGGGCUAACGGUGUGGGUUCGCUUAAAAUGCUGGGUUUUAUCAAGAAGCUCAACGGAUCCCUGAACGUAAAGGUGUUCAACAGCAAUGGGAAAAUCAACUUUAAAUGUGGAGCCGAUUUCGUCAAAACGAACCAUCGUGUCCCCGAGGCACUACCGGAGGACGCUCUACCUAAUGGUCGAUGCGUUUCGGUGGAUGGUGAUGCCGAUCGUGUGGUGUACUACUUCACCGAUAGCGACGGAGUGUUCCACCUUCUGGACGGUGAUCGGAUAGCUACCCUGCUGGCGGGAUAUUUGAAGGAUCUCAUUGAAAAAUGUGGUGUAAAGUUGGAGAUGGGUCUGGUCCAGACUGCUUACGCAAACGGUGCAUCAACGGAUUAUAUCGUCAAUCAGAUGAAAAUCCCCGUCAGCUGUACAAGGACGGGUGUUAAACAUCUGCACCACAAAGCCCUCGACUAUGACAUCGGCGUGUAUUUUGAGGCAAACGGUCAUGGGACGAUAAUCUACAGCAACAAGGCAAAGGAUGCAAUUCGAGCGGCUAGCAAAGAUGAAACGAUCUCCGAAGAGCAACGAGAAACUGCCAAACGUUUACUGCAAAUGAUUGACUUAACCAACGAAACGGUCGGUGACGCAAUCUCCGAUUUGCUGCUAGUUGAAACGGUGCUACAUGCUAAGGGUUGGUCUCUUAACGACUGGCUAGCGAGUUAUACCGAUUUGCCGAAUCUGUUGGAGAAGGUUUACCUUGCUGAUCGCAACGUGAUCACCGUUACGGACGCGGAUCGUGUCGUCGUCACUCCGGAGGGUCUUCAAGAUUCGAUCAACGAAAUUGUGGCCAAGUUCCCGAAGGGUCGUUCGUUCGUUCGUCCUUCCGGUACGGAGGAUAUCGUGAGGGUGUAUGCCGAGGCGGAUACUAGAGCCAACGCUGUGCAACUGGCGUACGAGGUGGCUAAUCUGGUUUUCGAUAAAGCCGGAGGAGUUGGCAAACGACCGGAGAAAAUGGAAAUCUAAAUAUUCCUCAUUUAGUGAAACACAACAGAGACCUGUGCUACUAAACUGCCAACAAAAUGAUGUUAAUGGAACGAAUUUGAUUUUUGUUGAGUUUACAACCACUGCGCCCUCGCUUAUACAAGCACCAGAAUAAUGCAUCAAUAGCAAUGAGAUUAUUUUUAUCCGUUAAGAACGGUCCUAAUUCGGUAAAUGUUAAAUAUUUUAAUGCAUCACAAAACAAAAAUUAGAAUCAAAAUAAAGACAACAUAUAUGCAUAUGCUUAUUUCUACUGUUCUUUAAUGAAAAACAAUAAAAAAUUUAAUUUGCUCAA